AUGAGGAAGGUACCUGUAAAGGUUGGAACUCAGUUUUGUUAUGAAACUGAGUUCUUGAAAAAGCUAAGUGCAGUAGUUUGGGAUAGAGAAAUUGAUCCCCAUGUAUUUGUUGAUGGCUGGAACAAUGUUAUGGAGGAAUUUGACCUUGUAGAUCAUGAGUGGUUUACAUACAUGUUCAAGAUUAGGCAUCUUUGGAUCCCUGCAUAUUUCAGGGACUUGUUUAUGGGUGGGUUACUGAGUUCUACUUCUAGGUCUGAAGGUGAAAAUAGUUUCUUUUGUAAUUUUAUAAACCCUCAUGUGACUUGUGUUGAAUUCUUUGUCCGUUAUGAAACUGCUCUUGAUGCUCAAAGGCAUGAACAGGACGAGUUGAACAGGCUUAAUAAAUAUGAGCCUCUAUUGGUUACUCAUUUACACUUGGAAAAGCACGCUGAUGUUGUUUACAGUCGUGCCAUCUUUUAUGAUUUUCAAGAAGAAUGUCAGGCAUCCUGUUUCUCAUGUGGUGUUGAAAGUUGUAGUUCUCUAUAUGUAGAUGGUGUGGAGUUUUCUGUAAUUGUUGAUCAUGAGAAAAGGAAAAACUUUUAUGUAAAUUUUGACUUGGCCACAUAUGAAUGCAAAUGUACUUGUAAAAUGUUUGAGAGUCAAGGCAUCUUAUGUAGACACAUUCUGUUUAUUAUGAAAGGCAUGUCUAUACGUGAAAUUCUUGGUCUUUAUAUCAUGAAUCGUUGGAGAAAAGACAUUCUGAAGAAAGCUUUAGGCAUAAAUAAUGUUGUUCUGGAUGAUGCUUCUAAGUAUGAUAAGAAGAAGCAAUUGGUGAGUGAUGUGUGGUCUAAGAUUUUCAGUUGUGUGAGUUUAUCUGAGCAAUCUGAGGAUGAUUUAUCUGAGCUUAUUAGGACAUUAUCUUCAUCUGAGGAGCAGAUGCUGACAAAGAAUAAUCUUAAAAAUGCAACUAGUUCAAAAGAGGUGAAAUAUGCUGAUACUCAGGUUUUGGUUGGGUCAAAUGAAGUAGAUGUGGGCAAUCUGGUGUUUCACAUGACAGUAGAAACUGUCCAAACAAGUAGUUCUUCGGGUAUUUUACCUUUUUAUUAUAAUACUUGGAAAUUUAAAGAUGUUUUGGAAGAUAAAGAUAUAUUGAAGAAAUAUUAA